AUGUACCAGGACCAGAACCUUGGUAUCGCUAUUAAGGAAGCGGAUGAGAUCCUGGCAGAACACCUAUCCGGCAUCAAGGUUGAAAAGCCUGCCGUAGAUACCAAUGCCACAGCUGCUGCCGCAACAUCCACUGACACCGCUCAGAAAGUUGCUGCAACUCCUGCUGCCGCCGGUGAUACCAGCCUGAGUGGCCUGAUGGGCAAUAACACUGCCGGUGCUGCUGAUGCAGGUAACGACACACUUGCUGCCAGCCAUCCCCUGAUGGCCCUGCUGAGCGCACAACCAGACAAGGACAGCUAUGAUCCUGCUGCUGUUGCCUACAUCCGCAAAAGCGAUAUCGCCAAGCUGAAUGAAUACCUCAACCUGGAAGAUGUAAAGAAUGUAAUGCCUACAACAGCCAAGCUCCUGGUGGGCGCGGAAAAGGGCGAAAAUAAAUUCAAGGCAAAUGCCGUACUACCGGUAUAUGCUGUGAAAACACAAUCUGACGGCAGCUCCAAGCUGGAAGGUGACCAGAUCAGCGAUGCUUAUUCUGAGUAUGACAACGGCCAGCCGGUAGUAAUCAUGCAGCUGAAGAAUGAAGGUGCGCAGGUAUGGAAAAAAAUGACCGGUGAGAAUGUUGGCCGUUAUGUAGCGGUUGCCCUCGAUGACCGUAUCUACUCUGCACCAAGAGUGCAAAACGAGAUCGGCGGUGGUAAUACACAGAUCACUGUAGGUAACAACGCACAGGAAGCACAAGACCUUGCGAGCAUUCUUAAGAUCG